ACAAACAACUUAGCUUCUAACAACAUUGUCAUUAUUCGGACCACAUAGUUCUUGAAACCAUUUCCAAGUUAAGUGGAAGUUAGCAGCCGUAAUCACUUAUCACUAGCCAAGCUAGAAAUUUGGAUGACAUGGUGGAUUGGUGUAGCUACCUGGCGCUGGGUUGCCAAUGAUGACAACUGUGGUAUUUGCCGCAUGGCAUUUGAUGGCUCCUGUCCAGACUGCAGGAUACCAGGAGACGACUGUCCUUUAGUUUGGGGUCGCUGUUCUCAUGUCUUUCACAUGCACUGUAUUCUUAAAUGGCUCAACUCACAGUUGCAUCAACAGCUGUGCCCUAUGUGCAGACAGGAGUGGCAAUUCAAAGAAUAAACCUGUGCCUAAUUAACUUCUCACUAAUUUAACAAGCAUUUUAGGUUGUUUUGUGUUCACAUUGAAAAUGGUUCAUUUGCUCCCUUCAGCCGCUCAGGGGGUGAGGAAACAACGCAGAUACUAACUUGAUAUUAAAGUAUAGUGCCUGCAUUGGGUAGUCUAAAAGCCAUCUUUUUAGUCAAAAAUAAAAUUACACAUCCAAUUAUGAGCUCAGAUCUGAACUCAUAAGAAUGUUUUUCUCCCACAAAAUGAAAUAUCCCAACAUCCAUUGUAAAUUAUCCAUGUUUAUUUCAAAGAUUACAAUCUGUAAAAUGCUUGCUGUGGCUACCUAAGAAAACAUUAAAUUAUUGCAAAACACA